GAAAAAUGAGUGGCCGCGGGAAAGGAGGAAAAGGACUCGGCAAAGGAGGCGCCAAGCGUCACCGUAAAGUUCUCCGUGAUAACAUCCAGGGCAUCACCAAGCCCGCCAUCCGCCGUCUGGCCCGCCGCGGCGGAGUGAAGCGUAUCUCCGGUCUGAUCUACGAGGAGACCCGCGGCGUGCUGAAGGUGUUCCUAGAGAACGUGAUCCGUGAUGCCGUCACCUACACCGAGCACGCUAAGAGGAAGACCGUGACCGCCAUGGAUGUGGUGUACGCUCUGAAGAGACAGGGCCGCACCCUGUACGGCUUCGGAGGUUAAACAUGAUCCGGAAAAACUACA